UCAUUAUUGCAAAAGCACAUCCAACAACUAUCCCAUUAAAUUCUCCAAUUUGCACAAUGCCAUGGUAAAGAAAUUUCAUGACGACCGUAAGCCACCAUGACGAUGCCCAGUCAAAUCAACAGCCAGACACCAGUGCAUCGCAAUCCCAAAAGUAAACUCGAAACAGACAAAAGACACGAGAUCACAAACACGGACGCGCACUCGCUCGCCUCUACUUAGCCUCUCAUACUUUACGCGUCGUACAUCACGUAACUUACGUUCCUAACCCUAGAAUCCGAGCACCUGAUGCAGCACCUCUACGUCGUACUGCUGCGUGCGGUUGCUCGCGAAAUGACAGAACGACUUCAAAAUGAUUACAUCCCCCACUACCGAAAAUUGGCGGAGUUUCCAGAGCUGUAUAUGCGACUGUGGUCAGAUAAAUCAAGAGGCGUUUUCUUCUUGUGAUCAAGAGUGUUAGAAAAUAAGAACAUGUAAAUACCACGGUCCUGCCGACUUUUCCACAAUCUCGUUUAACGAGGGGGCUCCCGUUGAUUUUCCUCGACGUCCCUCCCUGUGCAUUCAUGUCGUCAAGAUUUUAAGCAAGCUUUCGCAUUCCUUGGCGCGGUUUGCCGUUUUUUAAUAGAAGUUCAAGCGGCGAAAAAUGACGGAUAAAUUGCCCAACAAUCAAGUGCAGCCUAUUGUUAAAAUAGGGCAUUACACGUUAGGUGCAACAUUGGGUAUUGGAACGUUUGGCAAGGUGAAGAUUGGGGAGCAUGUUUUGACAAAGCACAAAGUGGCUGUUAAAAUUUUAAAUCGACAGAAGAUCAAGAGCCUCGACGUAGUUGGAAAGAUUCGCAGGGAAAUUCAAAAUCUUAAAUUGUUUCGACAUCCCCAUAUCAUUAAAUUGUAUCAAGUUAUCAGCACACCGACGGAUAUAUUUAUGAUUAUGGAAUAUGUUUCUGGCGGUGAGCUCUUUGAUUAUAUAGUUAAGCAUGGAAAGUUAAAAGAAUACGAAGCUCGUAGAUUCUUUCAACAAAUUAUAUCUGGCGUUGAUUAUUGCCAUAGACACAUGAUAGUUCACCGUGAUUUAAAGCCAGAAAAUCUGCUCUUAGAUCACAAUCUUCAUGUAAAAAUAGCAGACUUUGGACUGUCAAACAUGAUGAUGGACGGGGAGUUUUUACGUACGUCUUGUGGAUCACCAAAUUAUGCCGCACCAGAAGUGAUUUCUGGAAAAUUAUACGCAGGACCCGAGGUAGACAUUUGGUCUUGUGGCGUUAUUUUAUAUGCGUUACUAUGUGGAACAUUGCCAUUUGACGACGAGCACGUUCCAACUCUCUUUCGUAAAAUUAAAUCUGGUAUUUUUCCAAUUCCCGAAUAUCUUAACAAAAGUGUAGUAAAUCUUCUGUGUCAUAUGUUACAAGUCGAUCCAAUGAAAAGAGCAACUAUAGAAGACAUUAAAAAGCACGAAUGGUUUCAAAAAGAACUUCCAACGUACUUGUUCCCUUCGCCAGUCGAACAAGAUUCUUCGGUGAUCGAUAUAGAUGCUGUGAACGAAGUUUGCGAAAAGUUUAAUGUUAAAGAAGCCGAAGUUCAUGCCGCCUUACUCAAUGGUGAUCCUCACGAUCAACUGGCCAUUGCUUACCAUUUAAUUAUAGAUAAUAAAAGAAUUGCGGAUGAAGCAGCGAAGGCAGAAAUUAAAGAUUUUUAUGUGGCAUCGAGUCCACCACCGGUAGCUUUUAGUCCUAACGAAGCAAGCGGUAGUCCAUUAAGGCCACAUCCCGAGAGGAUAGCCCCUCUUCGCGAGCGACAAGGUUCUCUCAAUACUACUCCCACGCAAAUGCCAGGCAAUCGAGGUACGCCAAUUAAAAGGGCAAAGUGGCAUUUAGGAAUUAGAUCUCAAUCGAAGCCAAAUGAUAUAAUGAACGAAGUUUAUCGUGCCAUGAAAGCUCUUAAUUUUGAGUGGAAAGUCAUUAAUCCAUAUAGCGUUAGAGUAAGGCAUAAAAAUAAAAUCACAGAUGGAUACAGUAAGAUGUCGCUACAGCUUUAUCAAGUGGAUUGCAAAAGUUACCUCUUAGAUUUUAAAUCAUUGUCAAGCGAAGAAUCCGAAGAUAUAAUCAAAGAAAUUGUCCUACCACUCUCCCAAGCAACUGGACAUCAUACAAUGGAAUUUUUUGAAAUGUGUGCUGCGUUAAUAACGCAAUUAGCGCGGUAGAAAAGUGACCACCUUCGUUCAAGUGGUGUACCUGUUUUUAACUAAUGAAAGAAUAACGAAAUUGGCAAAAUUCAAUGCGCCAGCUGAUUCUUUUAUUUCCUUGUAAAUACCUUGAAUGCUAUAUUGCCAGCCUUAUGAUUGUCUUGGAUUGUCAGAGAGAUGAUAUUGUGUAUAUUAUGCAUGAUUGUAGUUAGAUUGUAAUAGAAGUCGACGAACUAGAUGAUUUUUCACAAAUAAAGUGCAAAGUGACUUCAGAGAGUAUAAUUUAUAAGCAAAUUGUAGUAAAUAAAUCAUACAUAGCUUUGGAAUGUAUUAGAUACCUGAAUGUUUAAGUUAAGUAUUAUUUUAAAUAAAACAAACUGUCGAAUGCAAUUACUAUAAUA